CCCUUGUCGCAUACCCCACCAAAAGGAAGGGGAGCGCGCCAAAUCAUGCCCACCCAUGACAUGUGACGUCACAACCCUCCCCAAAGCUUGGAAACGCGCUGCGUAACCUCACGCAACUAACAUAAAGGCCAUUCUCUCCAGACCCCUAAACGACUAACUCUAGAAAUUCGUUAGCUCCUACCACGUUCCAAUCACCAAAGUAGAUAAAGAACAAACAUACAUCUCCAAGUAUUGUACGCGCGGACCAAAAGUUAUCCAACAUGUCAGACAAGAAGCAAGAAGAGCAGCCUCAGCAACAGCACAUCCAGACUGAACCCCAGGAUGACGAACAAGAACAGAAGAAGGGCUCUGGAGGUCUUUUGAGUACAAUUGGAGAUCCCAUCGGAAACGUCUUAGGCACAGCCCUCCGUCCUAUUGGCGCACCCUUAGAAAAAGGCGUAACUGGCCCACUUGGCAACGCCCUCGGCGGCACCACACGACCCGCUCUCGGUCCCUUGCUAGGCCACGAAGAAGAAAGAUCUGAAUUGCUAGGCGGCAAGAACAAGGAUAGCUAUGAGAGUACACCGGAAAAGAUUGCAGGAAAGGAGCAGACAGGGCAGAACCCUCUGGGCUUGGAUCAAACAGGACGGUGGGGAUUUGAGGACGAGAAGAAAUAGACCGAGAGAAGAGCAAGUGUAGGAUAUGUUUUGUCAAAGUUCUCAGUUUUGUGUUAUUAAGGAAAGAAAUGGCGGUACGGGUAUAUCCUUUGAAGAACUCCCAAACUCCAAUGAUCUAGUGACCCGAGAUGAUCAAAACAUCUCACUCAUACCACUCUCGCCCAACACUCCUUC